AUGUUUUCAAAUCCCCUUACUAAAGCAUGCGAAGAAGGAAAUCUCGAACGUAUUAAAUCUCUUAUAGAGAAUGGUGAUUAUAAACAAGUAGAAUCUUUAGAUCAGCCACUCAUUUAUGCAUCUACAAAAGGUCAUCUUGAAGUUGUUAAUUAUCUUAUCUUUGUUGGGGCUGAUAAAGAAGCAAAGGAUGUAAAUGGAUGGACUCCACUCAUUAAUGCAUCAUUGUUUGGUCAUCUUGAAGUUGUUGAAUAUCUUAUCUCAGUUGGAGCUGAUAAAGAAGCAAAGAAUAAUGAUGGAUAUACUCCACUCAUUAAUGCAUCAUUGUUUGGUCAUCUUGAAAUUGUUAAAUAUCUUAUCUCUGUUUGA